AACAACAACAAACAGACCCAGCCGUGAAGAGACCCGGCGUUUUUCAUCUAUAAUUGUUUGUUAAGUUGUUGAAAUAAGGCAGCCAGAGGGUCACCAGUAGCCAAGGAGGAGUAGAAGUAGUAGUAACAGCAGAGAAACACGUGUUAGUGGCGUUAAAUAAGCAUGGGCAGUAGAGACACACGCCGGGUUCUUGGGCCGGAGAAGAGUGUGUGUCAUGAUCUUCUGCGGCCACAGGUGCCUCGUGCUUUCCUGAGAGAAGAUGGGCUGCGGUGGGAUGGACGUUCACCACAGGAUCCUCGCAAGCUGUUUAUGAGUGUGGGCAUGAUAACACAAGCCAAGGGUUCAUCGUACCUGGAGGUUGGCAACACUAAGGUGUGUUGUGGAGUGUAUGGACCUAAGGAUGUACAGAGAGGACAGGAUUUCAAGAUGUCAGGGCAGGUGCUGUGUGCGGUGAAAAUGGCUCCCUUUUCUGCCCCGGUGCGCCUCCCCCCCCAGCCGGACACAAGACAGCAGGAGAUGAGCCGGCAGUUGAAGGAUGCGCUGGAAUCUGUCAUUGUCCUGGAGAAGUUUCCGAAGUCACUAAUUGAUGUGUAUGUGACGGUUAUAGAGGACGACGGGUCACUCCUGGGGGCAUGCAUCACUGCAGCAGGGUUAGCCUUGUGUCAUGCUAACAUUGAUGUGUAUGACCUGGUGGUUGGCGCCUCUGUGCUGUUCCGAGGCGACGUGCUCUACCUGGACCCGCGCAGAGAGGAAGAGGAGGUGUCAGACAAUAAUCAGCUUACAAUAGGAAUGAUACCGAAGCACGCAGGGGGUCAGAUAGCCUUAAUGGUGCAGAGGAGUGGUCAGGUGGCCCCCCAGUGUCUGUCCGAGUGUCUGAACGCCGCGGUGGACCUCUGCAAUCGACUUCACAGCCUGGCGCAGAAGACGUUAUUGGUGCACUUGCAGGAAACUCUUGCCCACUCCUCCUCCUCCUCCUCCUCCUCCCCAUAACCUCCUCCUCCUCCUCCUCCUCCUCCUCCUCCUCCUCCUCCUCCUCCUCCUCCUCCUCCUCUUUUUGUCAUAUUUUUAUUUGCAUUAAGGUAAAAAAACACUUCUAUUUAUUGUUAUUAUUAUUAUUAUUAUUAUUGUUAUUAUUUAUUAUUAUCAUUAUUAUUAUUAUUAUUGUUAUUAUUAUUAUUAUUAUUAUUAUUAUUAUUAUUAUUGUUAUUGUUAUUGUUUAGAAAAUCAAUGUUUGUCUAUCUUUAUUUUGGUUCUUGUUUAUUUUUAUAUUGUUUUUUUUGUUUAUUUAUUUAUUUGUUUAUUUAUUUAUUUAUUUAUUUAUUGUAUAUGAUUUAAUUCGUCUGUUUAUUUUAGUUUAUAAUUAAGUUUUUAUUUUUGUUUUUUUGUUCUCAUUAUUAUUAUUAUUAUCAUUAUUAUUAUUAUUGUUAUUAUUAUUACUAUUAUUAUUAUUCUUAUUAUUAUUCAGUGUAAUGGAAGUGAAUAAUAUUAAUAAAGAAAUUUUGUAAU